UCAUUUGUUUGCCGCUUAUCGCCACCUCUCACUGCAUUAUUAUUCUCUCUUCUAAAAGCGAACCCUAGUCCUAGCGGUUUCUUUCUCUCUUUCAUCUUUUAAGUUCCAACCUGUAUAUGGACGAACUGCUAAACCAUAAAAAGCGAGUCAGGGAUGGCUCGGACGAGUCGGAUUUGGAUUUUCCGGAGGUUAAGAAAAUCAGGGACGAUCUAUUCGGUCUCCUCGAUGACUCGGACCCCGACUCACUGGGUCAGGAUCUAGACUCGGUCAUGAAAAGUUUUGAACAAGAGAUUUCCGCGUCUUCCUCAUCCCCGGUGCCUGUCGUCGACCUGACCUCUGAAUCCGGCGAGUCCCAGCCGGAUCUUGGCUUUCUUCUAGAAGCUUCUGAUGAUGAACUCGGCUUGCCUCCUUCGUCAAUCAAUUUGUCGAGUGGGGAAGUCAAGGGUGGGGUAGAGACUGAGUUGGCCCGAGUUGACUCUGCCCAGUCGUCCGGGGUCGGCGGUGAGUUGUGGGGGUUUGAGGACCAGAUCCCGACUUAUGACUCGUUCGGGCUUGGAGUAGGAGACAGUAAUUAUAGCAGUGAUUACGUGGGGUUCGAUGACUCGUUGUUCGAGUACUCUAAUGUUUGUUUCGACUCGUCCGAUUUCUCGGAUUUGUCGUGGCGGUUGGGUGGCAUGCCGGCCGAGUAAUUAAAUUGGGAACUCGGUUGUCAUUGAUAAGAAACGAUGCCGUCAACCCUUUAUUUUUGUAAAUUCUUUUUUCUGCUUUUUUUUAUAAAAAAAACUAGAGAACAGGAAUUAAAUUUAAAGGAUAUAUAUUUAGGGGUAGAAUUUUAAAAUGAAAGAUUCCGUUACUACGAGGCGAGGAAUUUGUUCGUUUAUUUUUUUUAUGCUGCUGGGGAUUAUGAUGUUUUCGUGAGUCUCUUGGAUGCUUUUUGACGAACCUUGUUCCUAUGAAGUGGCAAAUAAACGGAAUUCAACCACUCUUCGCUCAA